UCCGGGUGUGUGUUCGCUGCUGAUGCUCAUCGCCGCUUCUCUCCCGGCCGUCGUACAAUAGGAAACAUCAUGGCGGCCGUCAGUAAGUACUUGACUGCGAAGAAUUCCACUAUAGCUGGCGGGGUCCUACUCAUUUUAUAUUUCCUAAAGCAGAGACGGAGAUCGGCCCGGUUAAACAGGAAGAAGGGUUCCUCAGAGGAUCUGAUCAGCGAGCAGAAAGAUGGCAAGAAAGAGAGAGCUGCCGUGGACAGGCUUUUUUUUAUUCGGAUCUCGCGCAUUAUCAAGAUCAUGGUGCCAAGAUUCAUCUGUAAAGAGACAUGGUACUUGAUCCUGAUCGCAGUUAUGCUUGUGACCAGGACCUACUGUGACGUUUGGAUGAUUCAGAAUGGCACCUUGAUCGAAAGUGCAAUUAUUGGUCGGUCCACUAAAGGUUUCAAGAAGUACUUGAUCAACUUUAUCACGGCCAUGCCCAUUAUCGCCCUGGUGAACAACUUCCUGAAGUUGGGCCUGUACGAACUAAAGCUGUGCUUUCGUGUGAGACUCACCAAACAUCUUUACGAUGAGUACCUCAAGGGUUAUACAUACUAUAAAAUGGGAAACCUGGAUAACCGCAUUGCUAAUGCUGAUCAGCUGCUGACGCAGGAUGUGGAAAAGUUCUGUAACAGUGUUGUGGAUCUUUAUUCCAAUCUGAGCAAGCCCCUGUUGGAUAUUGGCUUGUAUAUUUUCAAAUUGACGGCAGCAAUCGGAGCUCAGGGUCCCACAACUAUGAUGGCCUAUCUGCUGAUCUCCGGUCUUUUCCUGACCCGUCUGCGAAGGCCGAUUGGUAAGAUGACGGUGACCGAACAGAGGUAUGAAGGAGAAUACAGAUACGUCAACUCUCGUCUUAUCACAAACAGUGAAGAGAUUGCCUUCUACAAUGGAAAUAUCAGGGAGAAACAGACAAUUUACUCAACCUUCAAGAAGCUGGUCGAUCAUCUGCACAAAUUCAUCGUCUUCCGUUGCUCCAUGGGCAUGGUGGACAGCAUCAUUGCUAAGUAUUUUGCGACUGUCGUUGGUUAUUUGGUGGUCAGUCGUCCUUUCCUUGAUUUGUCUCACCCUCGACAUUUGAACAGUUCGCACGCUGAACUCCUGGAGGACUACUACCAGAGCGGCCGCAUGCUGCUGCGUAUGUCGCAGGCGUUGGGCAGAAUUGUACUUGCAGGAAGAGAAAUGACCCGUCUCUCAGGAUUCACCGCUCGUAUCACUGAGCUUAUGAGGGUCCUGAAAGAGCUGAAUUCUGGGAAAUACGAGCGCACCAUGGUUUCUCAAUCAGAGAAAGACACUUCAGAAAAGCUCAAGUUGAUACCAGGGAGCGGAAGAAUAAUCAACGUGGACAACAUUAUCAAGUUUGACCACACACCUCUGGCUACGCCAAAUGGAGAUGUUCUGAUCAGAGAUCUUUGUUUUGAGGUGAAAUCAGGAAAUAAUGUUUUGGUGUGUGGCCCCAAUGGGUGUGGAAAGAGUUCACUUUUCAGGGUUCUUGGGGAGUUGUGGCCAUUGUUCGGUGGGAGUUUGACGAAACCAGAGAGGGGGAAGCUCUUUUACGUACCUCAGAGGCCUUACAUGACUCUUGGCUCGCUAAGGGAUCAGGUGAUCUACCCAGACACCCAUGAGGACCAAAAGAAGAAGGGGAUCUCUGACCAGGUGCUGAAGGAAUACCUGGAUAAUGUCCAAUUAGGACUCAUCUUGGAGAGAGAGGGCUCCUGGGACAUGGUUCAGGAUUGGAUGGAUGUGCUUAGUGGAGGAGAGAAGCAGAGAAUGGCGAUGGCUCGGCUCUUCUACCAUAAGCCCCAGUUUGCCAUUCUGGAUGAGUGCACCAGUGCCGUGAGUGUGGACGUGGAGGAUUAUAUCUACAGUCACUGCAGAAAGGUUGGUAUCACUCUGUUCACCGUCUCUCACAGAAAGUCCCUGUGGAAACAUCAUGAGUACUACCUUCACAUGGAUGGCAGAGGAAACUAUGAAUUCAAACCCAUCACCACUGAAACUGUGGAGUUUGGCUCUUAGAAAGGAGUGACCAUAACACAGGGACCCUAGCUAUUCACUUCUUAAGGAGUCGCCAGCCAACCUAAUCUGAGAGUUUGUUUUUAAUCAACUGUAACAUGUUUUGGAUGAAAAUGUGUUUAAAGAUUUGUUAACACUACUUUUGUCCUCUGAUUGUAUAUAAUUUGUAAUUUAAGCAGUCCAAUUUAUAGGACAUCCGUUAUGUACAUGUGGGGGCAUAUACCAAGGAAAUAUGUCUCAUGUUUGUGCACUAAAUUGCUUAAUUAAUGAAAUGAGUAAUAGGCUCACAAAUCUAUUCCACCGGACUGAACUUAGAGUUUAGAAACGUAAUAAGAACUAAUAUUGCCUUUUUCUCAUCAACUAAACCUUUCAUUAUGGAUACUUAAAACUACUAAGUGACCUUAUUGCUCACCGCAGCAUGGGUUAGGUGGUUUGGAUGUGCGCAAGUUGUUUUUUGGUGCACUUUAACUGGGAUGGUGAUUUUGUAAACAACCAUUCAGUGUCUGUAAUCGCCUAUAGGUUGCCUAUGCACUUGUUUAGGCCAAGAUGAUGCCAACAUUUUUGUUGGCAUUACUUUAUGUGGAAGGAGUGUGUAUCUGCAGAACUGUUGUUGUAUUUAAGAACUGUACGAAAUGUCAUUGUCGUAACACUUCACAGAUAAAGCAAUUGGAAAUCCUCCACUUUGCUGUACGUUUUCAUUAAAAAAGAGAGACCUUUGUAA